AUGCUGGCAGAUCCGUCUACUGCCCAACAUCCUCACCAACAGUACCCACAAUAUCACCAUCCGCAGCCGGAGGUGAACCCAUUCGUAUUGUACUCGAGGUCGUUGCACGAUUAUACGCUGAGGUUGUGGACGGAGUCGAGGCGAAUUGCAGAGGAGAAGAUAAAGGUUGCUGCGGCGAGGAGGCAGGAAGAGGAACGCAGGCAGAGAGAACUCGAGAUGGCGGCGUCGGCUUCGGCAGCUUCGCAGCGGCAGCCUUGA